AUGGCCGCCCGUGUCACGUACCGUCGUCGGAACCCUUACAACACCCGUUCUAACAAGGUCAAGCUUGUCAAGACCCCUGGCGGAAAGAUCCGCUACUUGCACAUCAAGAAGGCCGGCACCUCCCCCAAGUGCGGUGAGUGCCACAUCGCUCUGCCCGGUAUCGUUGCCCUCCGUCCCCGUGAGUACGCCACUGUCUCUCGUGCUCGCAAGACUGUCCAGCGCCCCUACGGUGGCUCUCUCUGCGCUAACUGCGUCAAGGACCGUGUUGUCCGUGCUUUCCUGAUUGAGGAGCAGAAGAUCGUCAAGCGCGUCGUCAAGGAGAAGCUUCUCCAGGAGAAGGCUGCCGAGAAGAAGGCCUCCAAGAAGUCCAAGAAAUAA